CCCUUACUGAAAGUAAGAGGCUGAAUCAUACACAGGUAGCUCAGAAAAAUAGCGAGAGUGAAAAACAAUUCUGGGCUUGUCAUAGAGUUCGCGUGAAAGAAAACAGGGAUUUUUUCAAAUUUUCUUUACCAGUUAAACCAGUAUCUCUGGAUAGAACACGCUCAAGUACUUGAUCAGUUUUACCCUUGUGGUCCCUGAUGGCUUCGCACAGUGAUACUCUGGUGGUGUUCUUUGGGGCAACAGCUGGUGCAAAUGGGGGUAAACUGGGUUCGGAUGAGAGGGAAAUAAUUCUCUUGGUGUGGCAAAUUGUGGAUCUACAUGAGAAAAAGGUUGGGAAACUUCAGAGACGUCUUGUGAAGCCCGACUCUUUGGAGUUGACAGACCAGAGUAAAGAGGAGACUGGGCUGUCUGUGGAGGAACUCUACAAGGCUGAACCUCUGGACAAAGUUCUGCAACAGUUCCAGCAGUCCGUCUCAGCGGAGUUGAAGGCUCUGGGCAGAAGCUCCUACACACUGUGUGUCGACGGGCCCCUCAUCAUACGACAGGCCCUUCACCCUGAGGUCUCCAAGAAGAACCUGGUCCUGCCGGAGUGUUUCUACUCCUUUGUGGAUGUGAGGAAAGAGUUUCACAAAUGUUGUCCCAAUGCUGGACAGGUCCAGGACCUAACACUGCCCUCUAUGCUAGAAUAUGUGUGCAUCCCAGAACUUCCCCUGUCAGAGCAGGUGAUGGGGCUGAAGGAGGUGAGGUGUAUGGUCCAGCUCUCCCUGCACAUCCUGGCUGAGCCAUACAACCACAAAUUCUCAUGCUUUGAAGCUGUGAAGUACAAGCUUGAAUCGGGAGCAUGCAGUAAGACUGAGCCAGUGGACAGUGAGACAGUGAUCAGAGCCAGGGGGUUGCCAUGGCAAUCCUCUGACCAGGACAUCGCCCGCUUCUUCAAGGGCCUCAACAUCGCCAAGGGUGGUGUGGCCCUCUGUCUGAACGCGCAGGGCAGGAGGAACGGUGAAGCCCUGGUUCGGUUCAUCAACCAGGAGCACAGAGACCUGGCCCUGGAGAGACACAAACACCACAUGGGCAGCAGAUACAUUGAGGUAUACAAAGCCACAGGAGAGGAAUUCCUCAAGAUCGCUGGAGGCACAUCCAACGAGGUGGCCCAGUUCCUGUCCAAGGAGAACCAGGUGAUCAUCAGGAUGAGGGGUCUUCCCUUCACCGCCUCUCCCCAGGACGUGUUGACCUUCCUGGGGGCCGACAGCCCCGUGACGGACGCCAGCGACGGCCUACUCUUCGUAAAGUACCCUGACGGGCGGCCCACAGGCGACGCCUUCGUCCUGUUCUCCUGUGAAGAGUACGCUCUGAACGCCCUGAAGAAACACAAGCAGAUCCUGGGCAAGAGAUACAUUGAGCUGUUCAGAAGCACUGCAGCAGAGGCCCAACAGGUCCUAAACCGUUACAUGUCCACCCCUCUGAUCUCCACGCUGCCGUCCUCUUCCAUGGUCCCUAUGCCGGUCUUGGCCACGCCCCCUUACCUGGCGACUGGCAGCACGCGGGACUGUGUUCGUUUGCGAGGUCUACCCUACACCGCUGCUAUAGAGGAUAUACUGGAGUUCAUGGGAGAACACACUAUUGAUAUUAAACCACAUGGAGUUCAUAUGGUGCUCAACCAACAGGGUCGUCCCUCAGGUGACGCCUUCAUUCAGAUGAGGUCAGCUGACAGGGCGUUCAUGGUGGCCCAGAAGUGCCACAAGAAGAUGAUGAAGGACCGCUAUGUGGAGGUGUUCCAGUGUUCUACUGAGGAGAUGAGCUUCGUCCUGAUGGGAGGAACACUGAACCGCAGCGGCCUGUCCCCUCCACCCUGCAAACUACCCUGUCUGGCUCCUCCGGCCUAUGCUGCGUUCCCUUCUCCUGCCAUGCUCUCUGAGGCUGCUCUGUACCAGCCCCCCCUACUGGCCACCCCCAGAACACCCCAGCCCCCACACAGCCCCCACCCCACCCCCACCCUAGCCUACUACCCACCACAGCACCACCCUGCACAGCUCUACAUGAACAUGAACAUGAACUACACUGCGUACUACCCCAGCCCCCCAGUCUCUCCCUCCACGAUGAGCUACUUUGCGUCUCCUCCAGGGUCAGUAGCGUUAGCGGCCCAGCAGCCCCAUGCCCAAGGCCACGUUGCCUCUCCCAUGAUGCCCCAGCACGGCGCUCUAGUUAGGAUGCAGGGUCUGCCCUACAACGCCGGGGUCAAAGACAUCCUCAGCUUCUUCCAGGGAUACCAGUACUCUCCUGAAGACUACAGCAGCAUGGUUCAGAUGAGUCGAGGACAGACCAGGAGUCUGAUCCAGCCCAAAGAGUGGCUCUGUCUGUAGGGAGACUUGGCUCCAGCCGGACGCCGUCCUCCUGUUGUACAACUUCAGCGGCCAGCGUAGCGGCGAGGCCCUGAUCACCUUCCCCAGCGAGGAGUCAGCCAGGCGGGCCGUGGCUGAGCGCGCCAACCACCCCCUGUCUGGUCUCCCCGUCCGUCUGCUGGUGUGCUGCGACUGACCUCGAUCAGCUGACCGCUACCAUGGCGGGAGGAGUCGAGGACCACAACCACUGAUUCCUUCUCCCUUGUCACUUCCUCUCCCUCCACUACUGAUACAAACACACACGCACACACCUCCCCACAAACAAUCUGCUGACUCUCCUCCCUCUUAGCCUCUUUCUCAAGCUCCCUCUCAACAUUCAUACACAGACCGACAGACACCUCUCCCCACAGAACUUGGUUGUACACAUAUUUAUAUUUGAUGCACAUCCUCCUUCCUGUGUGUCUGGUACUGCAUAGAAGGGAAAUCAGAUGCUUGUUCCACUACUCCCUUUUCUAAAACUAGAAAAGACAAGGCCACUAUGUACAGUAGUGAGAGCCACAGUAACAUGCUGGAUGCUGAGCUUAAUGACAGCUACUUGUGUAACAGUGUUUGUUUCUGCUGUGAAAGCAUUUGUAUGGCAUGCAAUUAUAUUUAGAAUAAUAUGUCCAAGCACUCUGUCUUUGUUACAAUCCGAGUAGGCUAAGGCUCAAUUAGCCAAAGUCUCAUUUAGUUCUGUAGUAUACUAACAUGACAAAUAUUGAUUCUUUGUUUAAUCCAAAAAACUUCCUAAAAUGUAGAUUUUAUUUAAAUGUGAAAAGAGUUGGCUGUUCGUCUGCAUGAUCUUCAAGCAAUAUCCUUUAAAGGGAGUAGAUCUCUGUGCCAUCUGUUUUCUUCCAGACUAUAUUUGAUAGAAAACCGUGUCCUUCUGCAGCAUGCUUUCCAUUCUCCCUUGUUUUUGGACUAUCAAACUGUGUAAAAAAAUGUAUAUUAAGAAAACGCUGAAUGAGUGGUUCCUGUGACUGGGCUGCUGAGAACAUUAGUCUGGUUUCUCAUCUUUGCUAUGCCUAUAUUACCCAGAGUGCAAUAGCAGCCCCCUCUGUGGCUUGGCUGACCUCUGGUGGCUGAUGGGAAAAAAAUUGUUUCUUUUAAGCAAGUUUGAGACUUGACUUGUAUGAAUUUAACUACUGUAUGUGUAUAUAACUGUUUGAAUAAAUACAUAACUUUAUUGCCCCAG